GCAGCUAUUGGGUGUGCAGCACAACAAGGAGGAGCAGCCAGGCAGGCAAGCAGCGGGAUUUUCUUCACAUCAACACCGUUUAUCGCGUCGUCUGGGAAGUUUGUUGCUCUGCAGUUACUCGGAGCGCUUUUCACUUCACGGUCGAACUGUUUAGUUAGUUUGGGGUGGGAAAACCCCGGGUCUGAGUUUCCGCUAGGCUCUUAACGGACCUGUUUUUAUUUUACAAACCUAAACUUCCUGUCUGCUUCUGCUGAAACUUUGAUCUUUGAAAUGUGGCCGCAGGAGGUUUCGUGCAAAAGCAAAGUUUGAGAGGGGGAGGGGGCGGUGACCGUUUCCUGUUCUCAGCACAAAGCCAACCUUGUUGACAUCUCACGUUUUAAGUGUCAUGCUCAUCCCGCUAAAGAAUGGCAUCUCCGAUGGAAAUAAUGGAGUGGUGCCGCCUCACGUGCGCCGGUUAUGCUGGAGUGGAUAUCAGGGACGUGUCCUCCUCGUUCAGGGAUGGACUGGCCUUCUGUGCCAUCAUUCACAAACACAGACCUGACCUAAUAGAUUUCAGCUCACUCUGCAAAGAAAAUUCUUACGAAAAUAACAAGCUGGCAUUUGAAGUUGCAGAAACAAAUCUGGGGAUCCCUGCUUUGCUGGAUCCGAACGACCUGGUCCCCACCAAAGCUCCAGACUCUCUAAGCGUCCUCACUUACAUUUCCCAAUACUACUACUUCUUUCAUGGUCCCUUCAGAUCUGGAUCAUCUCACAGCUUGAGCAACAUCCCAAAGAGUCAUAAAACUCCCAACAGCAGGAGAAGCUCCAAGAGCUCAGUUGAUCUGGAAACCACGACAGAAGAGCACGCGAGGAACGGGGUCAUGUGUAGUUUCUGUUUAAAGCCUGUUCACCUCAUACAGAGAUGUCUGAGUGACGGGAAGUUUUACCACCGCAGCUGUUUCAGAUGUAAAAUUUGCCACGCCACUCUUUUAUUUGAUUCCCGUCAUGCUGGCUCUUUGAUGUGUUCCUCCCACGUAAAAGACUCUAAAACCGCUUGUGCUGACCCCAGUCAACGAUUCAGAUCCCCUGAGAAUAAACCCAGAAGUGAGUCUGGGGCGGGUUUUCCAGCCCUCUGCUCUUUGGAUGGACUGCCCAUCACCAGCGUUCCUCGUUACGCUCAGAAAGCGGAAUCACAAGACAGACCAGGAGCAGGUGAGAGCAGAGCGGCGAUAGAUGGAGAAGACUCGACUCAGAGCAGCGUUAGAGGAGGAAGAGGGGAACACACGCAUUGUGCAGACAGGAAGGCCCAACAGGAUGCAGUAAAGAUCUCUUGUUCGGUGACAGAAGGAAGUAUUUAUCCUGUUCCAGCACCCAGACGAAGUUUAGACUCCUCUACGGUCUCUGUUCCUGCUCCCAGAGCCAAAACAAUGAGCAGCUCCCCUAGUGCAGAGAUUUCAAAAAAUCAAAGUAAAUCACCUGGUUUGCAUGUCGCGGGCCCUAAAGUGAAAUCCAACCAUCCCUGGAUGGCCAUCGUGCACCCCGGUCCGUGGUCACAGCUCCCGCCAGCUCCACCUCCAGUACCUCUCCCUCGGUCCAAAUCGACCCCUUACUCAUGGGGAUCAUCAAGCAGACCCAAAAUGCCUCCUCCCAAUCCGUUUGAAGAGGAGGAGCUCCUAGAGGAAGCUGCCACACCCGAGGAGACCUCUGCAGCCACCGUCCAAUCGGAAAACGGUGAUGUAGUUGGUUCAAGUGAUGCCAAAGGUCCUGUCACUGAAUCUGAGCUGAAUACAGAUCAAACAGCGUAUUCUGAAGGGGGGUGUGGAGGUAAAGAAGUUGAAUCAGAAGCAGCGACCCCCACAGAGGGAGGAUCAGCUGGCCAGAUUGAGAUCACACCUGAGCACUCUGCCUCGGACCCAGCAGGACAACAGGAAGCUAAUGGAUGUGACAAGAAGGAUGUCUGCAAAGAAAACUCUUCCUCUGGAAAACCCGAGUUGUCCAAAUCUAGGAGUUUACAGAACGUGUCGUCCACUCGUGGCCCGGCUCCAGGUCACGGUUUCCCCCUCAUCAGGAGGAAGGUGCAAACAGACCAACACGUUUCCACGGAGGACCUGCAGAAGCAGAGGAAAGAACUGGAAAGUCAUUUAGAAGAACUGGAACAGCAAGGAGUCGACCUGGAGAGGAUAGUCAGAGAUGACAAGAGCAGUAAAGAAGAACAAAUGCUAACGGAGUGGAUCAAAGUUUUCCACGAGAGACAAGAUCUGCUGCACAAGGACCAAGAACUCAACAACCUAAUAAAACAGCAACAUUUAGAGGAUAAACAAGCAGACGUGGAGUAUGAGCUCAGAUGUCUCCUUAAUAAACCAGAGAAAGACUGGGGUCAGGAGGAUCGGAGUCGGGAGCAGCAGCUGAUGGGAGAGCUGGUCGUCAUCGUCGAGCAGAGGAACCAGAUCAUCAGCAGCUUGGACCUGAACAGACAGAGACAAACAAAUGCAGGUGUGAUCGUGGAUGAGACGAUGAAGGACAGAGAUUUGCAGAAGGACGGAUUAAAAGAGUCAAAGAAGUCAAAAGGAAAAUUCAAGCCUGCAAAAGUGUUUAAAAUGCUGAAACACUGAACAGGAAACAAAAAACUCUGUGGAGAAACUAACUUCCUCACCUCAGGUUGGAGGUUUUUAAGUAUUUGCACCUUUCAGAUGGUGAAUCUAUGAUGUAAACAUCUAACAGCAGCUCCGGUGGUGGGUCAGGGUUACAACCUGUGUGUGCUUCAGGCUGCCGACUACCAUCAUGUUGUUUGUAAGAACACGUUUACACACUCUGGAGUUUCAUACGUGUCAUAAGAACGUGAUAAGAUUGGUUUUAUGGUUACAUUACUCAGUUACAAAGUCUCUGUGAGCAUCUUUCCACUAACCUGCACUUUUUAUUAUCUUUAUAAAUGAUUUCUCUUUUAAAUAAAUGCAUUAAAAUAAUGUA